AAGUCGUGUAGUUUAUCCUUGCUCCUCUCGUCGUCGAAAGCAGAGAAGACAUGCAUCUCGCCAGCGGCUAGUUGGUAGAGACUCGGUACUCGCUUGUCGCCCGUGACGCUUUACUAUACCGAACGGAAUCGCACAUGCACAUGCCGGACUCCUUAUCUGCGUUGUCGGCAUUACUAGAACUCUGGGCAGGCACUCGAGCUUCGGAAGGGUACUCAUAGCAGCUAUCGCCCCCAUUAUCGGCACCUCAGUUGUCUCAGACGUCCAUCAUGGCACCUGAGCAUGCAUCCUCGGAUGAGCGACUGCCUCUGCUGCCGACGAGACGUGCUACUCGUGCACAGGCGAGCUACACGCUCGUGAUUCAUGGCGGUGCAGGGACCAUGGACAAAAGCCACUCGACCCCCGAGCUACGUGCUCAAUACAAGGCUGCGCUCAGUAAGGCCUUAGUGGCCGGCUAUGAGGUUCUCAGCUCUGGAGGAGAGGCGUUGGACGCGGUUGUUGCCGCGGUAUCUUCGAUGGAGGACUGUCCUCUGUUCAAUGCUGGCAAGGGUGCCGUGUUCAACGUUGCCGGUAAAAAUGAGCUGGAAGCUUCCGUCAUGAUUUCUGUUCCACCGUCAACGCACCCUUCUGUCCCGGCCACUCGACGUGGUAUGGGCAUUACCCUAAUGACGCGAGCACGCAAUCCUUCACACCUUGCCCGUGCACUGUACUUGUCCCCCGAGACGGCUGCGCACACCAUGCUAUCUGGCAGCCCUGCAGAAGCGCUCGGCGAAGUACUUGGUAUUGAACUGGUUGAUCCAAGCUACUUCUGGACAGAGCAGCGCUGGAGAGAGCACAGGAGAGGCUUGGGUUUGCCGGAGGAGCCAUUGCCAUUCCCUGGCGAGAAGGAUGGACAUGAUCAGGAGGAAGUACCAAAGGAACUGCUGGAUCAGCUUCCAACUGGUACUGUCGGCGCUGUCGCUCUCGACGAGCGUGGCUGCAUUGCUGCCUGCACCUCGACUGGCGGUCGUACGAAUAAGCUGGAAGGGCGCGUCGGCGACACACCGCACAUGGGUGCAGGCUUCUGGGCGGAAGAGUGGCACGUCGAGGGCUGGAUCAGGAAGGCUUGGAUGAAGGCUACAGGUAAAGGGUCGAAGAUCGCGGUAGGUGUCAGCGGAACCGGGGACGGCGAUUACUUCAUUCGCCUCGCUACAGCCUCCACAAUCGGACGUCGCAUGAAGUAUCUGCACGAGCCGCUUGAGAAGGCAGCGAAGCACUGCGUGGAAGAGCUACGUCGUGAUGGAGGGGUGGGUGGUGUCGUCGCUCUGGACAAUCGAGGCAACGUGGCAAUGCCCCUCAACUGUUCGGGAAUGUACAGGGGCGUCGUGCGCGAAGACGGCAUCCCCAAGACUGCGAUCUUUGAUGACGAUGAACUGGAUUAGAUUAGAAUAAAUGUGAGUGUCGUCGAGGACAACGGCAUUGUUGCUCAUUGGCCAGGGACCAGCGAACGCGUACUCUGUCUAGUAUAUGGCAUGUGAGGAUGUACAAUUUCGUAUGUGGGAACGCGACCUACUUCGUGAGACGUCCGCUGGCUAGCAUGUCAUGAGGGUGC